AUGGCUGGCCCCGGUGGUGGUCCCCCGCGCAAGAGCCACACCAAGUCUCGCAACGGAUGUAAGACGUGUAAGCGAAGACACAUUCGUUGCGACGAGACAUUCCCACAAUGUCGCAAUUGCACCAAGCACAACUGUCGCUGUGACUACCAGGACAUGGCUGCAUCACAAGGCAGUCCACCUUCGUCACGGCGGGGUCCCGAUCUACUCAUGUCGCCUGAGAUCGAGAUGGAGGUUGAGAACUGGCACCGAACUGGCGUGCCUCCCUACCCAGAACUGGUCCAAUGUCCUCGCUCAGGAUGGUCUCAUCUAUCGCGCGUCGAUUUGCGUCUGGUUCAUCACAUCAUCGGCCUUUCGAUUGAUUUACAUCGGAGGGGGCUCAGUGGUUGCACCGCGUGGGCCCAGAAGAUGCCCAAUUUCCUGGCGAUUGCAUUGUCUAACGAGUUUGUCAUGAGCUCGAUUUUGGGCUUGUCUGCCUUUCACCUUUCCUUCUUGACUCGAGACCAAGAAACCAAGCAGUUGGCUUAUCAUCACAAGUUGACCGCUCUUCAGGGCCUACAGACAGCCAUCGGAUCAUUUUCAAAGGACAACUGUGAGGCGGUUCUGGCGGCUUCGAUUCUGCUUUCUUGGCAAGCAACCGAACGCCAAAUGUGGAUGUCAUUGCAACAAGGCAUCUCAACCGUUCUCGAAUCGAUGCACCCCUUCUGGAAACAAGAAUCCGAACUGGCGCAAUUCGUCGAAAACCAGCGCGCCUUGAGUGCAACUGAUUUCCCACUAUCCCUCGACGACGAUCUAAAUCAACUUGACCAAAUCGUUCACGCCCUCCAGAUUUCUCAGAAGCGGGUACUACACAACCCCGAGCAUGCCCAGCGACUCGCCGAACUGGCCGAGUUCGUACAACAAUUCCGAAACGACUACCCAACACAAACAUCCGAGCAGGCAUUCGAACGCAUCCAAGUUCUCCGGCGUUGGCUCUUCUGGCUCCCCGCUUCCAUGCUUCGAGGUGGUGACUCCGAUUUCAGCGCCCUCGCCAUCCUCUCCCAGUUCUUCGCCGUCGGUGUCGCCGUCGACCGCUUCUACCCCGAGAUGGGCGGCGCAUACCUAGGCGGAAUGUCCGUCGGCCCCAUCGAAGAAACAUACCGCAUCCUAGCAGCAAACAGCUCGACAGAUCCAUACAACGCAGAGCUACGCCUCGGACUCGCCUUAAUGGAUCUCCCACAACGGGUCGUCCAACGCUACCGGGCCCGUCUAGCCUGGUCCCCUCGUCCCUCCGUUGAGCAUUACUCGCCUGGUCCAUCGAGCCCGUACCACGGCAUGCAGGAAUACCCCAUCGGCUCAUCCUCCUCACCUGCCUCCGCUUCUCCCUCAUACGUCGCAUAUACACCCCCACUCCAAUCUCCCCCCGCCGUGAAUGUAGCGGGAUCCCCCUUCAAUAUGGCCGAUGGCUACGUUACUGCCGCCCCGUCGCACGCUCUCUACCCACCUUCUCCGCAACUUCUUGAGACGCAAGAUCCGCAAUUAGGAUUGUCUGAAAUUCGCCACACAAACAGUCUACAGAAUCCAUCAGCAUUCACACCCCCGUAUGGGGCUGAUGGGUUAUGCGCUGAUAUGCCUCAUCAGGAUGGCGCGCUUUCCCUCAAUGUGGAAAUGUAUCAACAACCACACCCCUUUGAGAUGCCCGGGAUGGUUACACCUGAGGCCUGCUGGACAUAA